AUGCAGCCGAUAGCUCCUAGUUCUGAAACCAAACAAUCUUCUAUCACUGUAUCAGUUAGAGUCCGACCUUUUACUACUGCUGAAAGCAACAACUUGAUCCAUUAUGAAGAAAGUAAUGUAUUUCUAGGGGCUGGAUCAUACAGCACUGCUAAUAAUACCUCCAAUGGGAACUCCAACCCUUUGAAGCGGGGUAUAUUAUCUGCACCUUUAGGUAUUAGGAAAAUAGUUGAUGUGGUUGACGAUAAAAUGUUGAUUUUUGAUCCUCCUGAAACAAAUCCAUUAGUUAAGAUGCAACGAAGUGCAUUCCCCAAUAAAUUUAAUGGAAGAAUACGCGAACACAGGUUUGUAUUUGAUAAAUUAUUUGAUACAGAUGCCACUCAAAAUGACGUAUAUAAUGAUACUACUAGACCCUUAUUGAAUAGCAUUUUGGAUGGAUAUAACGCUACUGUAUUUGCAUAUGGCGCUACCGGCUGUGGGAAGACACAUACUAUUCUGGGUACCCCAAGUGAUCCUGGAGUGAUUUUCCUUACCAUGAAAGAACUAUUUCAAAGAAUUGAAGAGUUGAAAGAUACCAAGAUUAUUGAAUUAACAUUGUCUUAUUUGGAGAUCUAUAAUGAGACCAUACGAGAUCUACUCAAUCCGCAGACCGAGUUCAAAAAGUUGAUCAUUAGAGAAGAUGAAAAUAGUAAGAUUUCAGUGUCAAACUUAUCUUGCCAUACCCCUACCACGGUUGAAGAAGUGAUGCAACUUAUAAUGGAGGGAAAUAAGAAUAGAACGUCAUCACCAACAGAAGCAAAUGCAACAUCCAGUAGAUCUCAUGCAGUAUUACAAAUUAACAUAACACAAAGAUCAAGAACAGCAGAUGUUACCGCAGAACAUACUUUUGCAACAUUGUCAAUAAUUGAUCUUGCAGGAAGUGAAAGAGCAGCCGCUACAAGAAACCGUGGGGUAAGACUUAACGAAGGUGCCAACAUUAACAAAUCCUUGCUUGCAUUAGGAAACUGUAUCAACGCAUUAUGUGAUCCUCGUCGUCGUAACCAUGUACCUUACAGAGAUUCUAAAUUAACCAGAUUGUUGAAAUUUUCCCUUGGUGGAAAUUGCAAAACAGUAAUGAUUGUUUGUAUUUCUCCAUCAUCACAACAUUAUGAUGAGACUUUGAACACAUUGAAAUACGCUGACCGAGCCAAGGAAAUCAAGACUAAAUUGAUUAGAAACCAACAGAAUCUAGAUCGUCAUGUCGGAUCUUAUCUUAAGAUGAUUACGGAACAAAAGACAGAAAUUGAAGAAUUAAGAAACAGGGAAGCAAAUAUAAUACAAGAAACUCUAGCUAAGAGGAAACACAUUGAAGAAGAAACAUUCAAACUAUUAUGUGAUGCUAUUGAUGGUAUACGACUGGCCCUAAACAAUCAUAGCCAAGACAAAUGGAGAAAGAAUUUCUAUUUAGCUAAAAGAAAAUUACUUGUUGCUCAACAGGUUGAUGUAAAUGUCAUGCUUGAACAAGCCUUCUUUGCUCAAGGUUAUGAAUUUAGCGAACAUACCCAAACUGUUAUCAGCUUGUGUGAACAACUACAAUCCAAGCUUAGCAGACAGAUCAAGGAAUUGGAAACUGAAUAUGAUAAACCAACUGAUAUUGAUCGUAUAUUGAAUGAGUCCGCAAAGCAAACUCUUAAAAGAUUGGCACAAAAUGACGGUUGGGGAGAAUAUCAUACAAAAUUAUUUCAAGAAUUUGUUAAAGAUACAAGAGCAGAGGUUAUUAAGGAUCAGUUGACUGGUUCGUCUGUAUUGCAUGACCUAUUAGUGCAUGGUUUGUAUGAAUUUAAUUAUUUUUCUCGCGAAGUGAUGAAAACUUUGAUAGACAACGAUCAUGAUCAAACUACAGAUAUUAUAAAGGGAUUAGAGAGUUUAUUGAAUGGUACAUUUGAUCUUGUAGUCGAGAAAUACGUAACAGAAUAUGUGAAGAGUCAACUAGCCAGCGAUAGUCAUGCUACCACACCAGCAUCGGAUGACACUGAUACAGAGAUGGAAACCAGUGUAUUGUUUAACGAAGAGGUAACAAAACCGGCUAGGAGGAACUCAAUUCUUAAAAAGAAUCCUGCUAAGCGGUCACCAAGCCGUCGAACUACGAGAGAUGGCCCUAUUAUCAAGCUGUCUCCUAUACGGAAACCGAAAAAGGUUGUACAUUUCGAUAUUUCCAAAUCUGAUUCUACCAUGAUGGAUUCAAGCAUGAAUGAAUCAAUACUACAGGAUAAAGCAGAUGCUGAACAGACUCCAAUUACUGGGAACUUUCUUGAUAAUUUGAAUGACGAACCAGAUUUCCAAUUUGAUCCCGAAAUACUUUCUCCUCCAUUACCAAAACGUGAGAAAUUAGAUCCAAGUCUUGCACAACGUGGGCAACAAACGACCGGACUCACAAAGCUGUUUACGAAUAAAAAACUUACGAUUAAUUUACAUGAUACCAAUUCAAGUUUGAAUAGACAUGCUGCUGUUAUAGUAACACCUACGAAUAGCGGUACAAAUUUGCAGCCAUUAUUGCAGGAGGCUAGUGAAGCUACCCCACCCGAGAAGAGUGCCAUUGGAGUAAAUUCACAGUGAAAUGUUUCAUUCAACUUCUUUCUCUUUUAAUUAGAUAUAUUAACUGGUGUUUUUGGGUUUCAAGAUUUUAUAGAAUAUAUAUAUAUAUAUAUUGUGGUUUUCAACUACAUAAAGAAAGCAUUUUUGGCUAGCCUAAAUAAUCGCUUGUUGUAUCUACCAACGACCUUCUCCGCCGCGACCACCAUGGCCACCAUGGCCA